AUGCCGUCGUGUUUGGGUGAUUAUUACAAACGCGGCAACGAGACCACUGUGCUAGAACCUAUGAAUGACAGUUCGGAUGCCGACAACUUUCGUCCUCAAGCAAGUUUUUUCGUUUUUUAUUCUUGUUUUAGGGAGAUCAAAAACUUUAGGUGAUAAGGUAGUUUUGGGUAUUUUUUUUUUUCAAUUUUUUUAACUUGCUUUUUGAGUGUAUAUGUCUUGGCGGGUUUUGAAAGAAGAAAAAACACCUUAUGGAGAAGUUCUAACAAUAAAAAAUUUAAUUAUUUCAAAUAAAUAUUCGAAAAUGCUAUUAUAAUAUUUUUAAAGGUUGAGCUGCCUUAUCGCUUCUUUAACUACAAGAAUGGACAUUCUUCCUUUGCUCCUACUACAUUGACAGUCCCACCUAAAGGCCCAGCUUUGAAGCUGCUUCCUCAAUCUCUUCAACAAACCUUGUUGUUGACCGACCCUAAUCAAGGUGAAAAAGAAAAGGAGAAAAAGCCUAGACGGAAUAAGAACAAGAAGAAUGAGGGAACGGCCAUUGAAGUUGAGAAGGAUCCUGGUUACAAGGGUAACAUGGACGUGGAGAACCUCAUUUGCUGGUUGGGCAUUGAGGGCGAACAACCCCCAGUUGUUCCUAGAAGAAGAAAGAACAAGAAGAAGAGGGGUAGGAAAGAGGAAAGUACAAGUGAUCCUGUGAACGAGGAGCGUAACAACGAUGAAGAUAUGGAGGUUGAUAUUGAGUUAGACACUGAUGAUGUAGGUUUAUUUUGUUUAUGAUUCAAGAAGUUUAGUUUUUAUCUAGUUACAGCUUUAGAAACACGUGUUUUACGUUUUGUUGUUUCCGCUAUAGUAAUUUGUAGAUUUCUUAUACCAAAAUUCAAUUUAUGAUAAUUUUAUCUUCAGGGACCAGCUGCUGAACUUCGGAUGAACACUGAAGAACCACAGAGAGAGUCAAGUGAAGCUAGUGAGGUUAGCCAGCGGGAAACCGAGUCUUCUGAUAGGACUACUCCUGAAGAGGAGGUUCUAGACGAUAUUCCAAUCGUAGAAAUCGAAAAGAUAACGAAGAAGCCAAAGAAGAUGACCAUGGCGGAGAAGCUGAGACAGAAGUCAGUCGAGUUUGAACAAAAUAAGAAGGUUGACGUAAAGGAUGAGAAGAAAUCUGAAGCAAAGGUGGAGAAGAAGAGCGAUGUUAAAGAAGAAAAGAAAACGAAUGAUAUUAAGGAUGAUAAGAAGAGUAAUGUUAAGGAAAAGGAGGUCAAACCUACUGAUAAUCUUGAAGCAAAGGUAGAGAAGAAGAGCGAUGUCAAAGAUCAAAAGAAAAAGAAUGAUAUUAAGGAUGUUAAGAAGAGUGAUAUGAAGGGCGAGAAGGUCAAAUCUAGUGAUAAUCAAGCAAAGGUAGAGAAGAAGACCGAAGUUAAGGAAAAUCAUAAAUUGAACGAUAAUAAGGAAGAAAAGAAAAACGAUGUUAAGGAUGAAAAGAAGGCUAAUAUUAAGAACGAGAAGAAGUCUGAUGCUAAGGAUCAGAAAGUCAUUAAAGAAAGUGACAAAGCUAAGGCUAGUGAAGAUAAGAAAGUAGAGAAGGAGACUUCUGAAGCUAAGAAGCCACAAACGGAAGGGAACCAAAAAGCUAAGGAUGAUAAGAAAGAAGGGCUAGAGAAAGACAAGAAGGAUAAGACUGGAUCGGACGACAAGGAGAACACCAAGCCCUCAGGGCUUGUAAGGACGGACGAAAAGGUCAAAUGUACGUUUUUUGUAAUUUAAGUAUCCUGAAUAGUAUCGAGUAUGUUGAAACAUUAUACGCUUCUCAAUGCGCUAUACCAUAAUGUGCCUGUCUACCUAUUGCUUUGUAUUUCAGCUUUCAUUGAUCAAGUAAUGAACAAUACCCCAGUGGCCGUAGAAGAAGAAGCAAUAGAACAAACAGAAGAAGAACUUAGAGCCGAGCAAAUGGUCGACGCGUUCCUGCUAAAAAGAUGGGACGAGUUUAUGGAUUUGAAGAAGAGCUGUAAGUACCUAAUAGUUCUUAUCAGUUUUAGCCGUUUAUUAUGCCUUUUUUCUGAAUAAGGGAAAAAUAAUCGGUAAUUUGAUACUGACACUUUAUAUAGCUAAACUUAUACUAACACGAACCUCUUUUCAGUGGAAGAAAACUCGUUUGAACAGGUAGUUAAACGAAAACAAAAGGAACCCACACCCACAUAUCACAACAACCGCAAGAACAAUCGCAACGGCGGGAAUCAACGCAGAAACCGACGUCAGAACUGA